AAUUAGUAUAGAUAAAUAUUUCAUAAUUUUUUAGUUUAUAGCGAAUGAAUGGUUCAUAAAUUAAAUGGAAAUGACAAAACAAUUCUAUAGAAUCAUGUAAGACGGAAAGAUCUUUUGAAUCUAAUUAUUCGAUUAUAUUGACAAUUUCAAAAAACUGUUCAUACUAUGAACAUAGUAUGAUGGCAGUUGGGCACAUAUGCCCCCAUCGUCUAGCGGUUCAGGACAUCUCUCUUUCAAGGAGACAACGGGGAUUCGACUUCCCCUGGGGGUAGGGUACUACAAAAGGAAGUUGAUCCUAGAUUAUCAAUAAGCCUAAAAUUGAAUCGAUUCUUCCUGGGUCGAUGCCCGAGCGGUUAAUGGGGACGGACUGUAAAUUCGUUGGCAAUAUGUCUACGCUGGUUCAAAUCCAGCUCGGCCCAAUAA